AUGUUCCACCGAUUUUCUGCUGCGCCGCCGGCGAAGCGGCGUCAACUGACCGGUGUGAGGAAUGAUCGCGCUAGCAAAAAGAACAACGACAAAAGGGACGCCGAUCUGGCCAUCAAACACACAAUUCUUCCUAUGACCAAGCGUCAUAAAAUCAGUAGAGCCUGCGAUCGCUGUCGCUUUCUUCGAAUCAAGUGUGACGAACAAAAGCCCUGUACACGGUGCGUCGCAAGCAACUUGGAAUGCAUCGUCUCGCACAAAGUUUCUGGCUCCCAGACCCAACACAAGGGCUUGGGGCUCGCGAGGGGCGAAACUCGCGAAGCCCGUGAUACUGGUAAAAUAGGCGAUGCUCAUAAAGCUGGGGAGAUCGGCAAAGUAGGUGAAGUCGACGAGAUCGGCGAACUGUUGUCGGCAAUAUCUCCGAGAGCCCCCAUGGACCCGGUCUCACAAUCCGACCAGCACAUAACCGGCUCUUCCUCUCAAACAAUGAAUACCCAGGACGAUGCUUGGAUGCCUACAACUUCACUGGAUGACGCUUAUAAAGAUAUUCUCGACAUAGGAGCUCGUGUGCAUGGUUUUUUCGCGAGUGGAGAAUUGGCCUUUUCGCAUCCCUCUGCUUUAACUGGCGGCCUUUUUCCGCAACCCCCAUACCCCACUAUCCCCGCGCUAGAACGCAAUCAGUAUUCGAGUUAUCUGUCUUCCGAUCAGCGAAAGCACUAUUUGCAACUUUUCUGGGACGUUAUUCAUCCACUCGUGCAGGUCCUGAGCAGCACGGAGUUUGCAGCGCUUGGCACUGUGCCGCUAUCGACCAGUACAGAUGAGUAUUCGACCACCAACGCUUUAGUUGACUCGAUGAUUGCUCUUGCAAUGCAACACAGCCAUACCACGGGACUUUCCAGCCGCAUACUAGGACUUCAGCAGCCGCUUUUCCGACAGUCUUACAGUGACACCGCUUCAGCAGCAGCCACUUGGCCCGGCUUUGAACAUUUUUACCGCUGUCGCGAGUGCAUGCGGACGAGCUCAGAUGUGACGCUGGAGGUGUUACGGUGCCACAUUUUCUUGGUCCUUUACCUCAUGAAGGCCUGUGCUUUUAAAGAUGCUUACAAUCUACUUGGGGUCACUGUUCGCAAGGCCUAUAGUGCCAAACUUCACCGAACGCCACCACAUCACUUAUCCGAUUGCGAAAAAACCGCUCGCAUGCAACUGUGGUGGAGCAUCUUUUCGCUAGACCUCACAUGCUCCUUACAACUGGACAUGCCCACGGCCAGCCAAAAAGGGCUAAUAAAAUGCCCUCUCACGACUCAAGAUGCUUUGACCCGAUAUCUUUCUUCUCCCACGCCGAACGAUAAGACCGAAGAGACUCACACAUACUCAAUCCUUUUCGUCAAUCUCGCUACCAUUGUGGCUGACAUUAGUGCAUGCGUAUCGACCACAGAUCUUGUGGAUGGCGACUGCAGCAGUCGAACGGCUCUUGAAGAACAUGCUUUGAGCCUUUCAUCUGCUUUUGACAAACUAGAAAUCUGGCAUAAUGGGCUACCUUUCAAGCCAUCAAUUAAUCGAUCUGAUGGUGACAUAACUGAACCCGAGUUGCGUGACAUUCGAGGCUUUCUAGCUUUACCCACUUCAUUGGCACGGAAAGCGGUGCUUUUAGAGCUUCACUACCAUAACGCUUACACACUAAUACAGAGGCCCUUUAUCCGCCUCCGCUAUGCCCAAGCGAGAAUUGGCUGCAGUCCAGAAAUUUUGCAAGACUCGCAACAGCCAAACGUAGUGCUGCACAUCAAGAGCGCUCUCUGUCACGCGUCCGCGAUUGUUGACUUGGUCUUCUCCGUUUGUUCGAGCUGUGAUGUGCUAUACGGCUGGUCAGAAAUCGUGCAGCCUCUUUGGAAUGCCUCAAUGGCGAUCAUCUCCUUCAUCUAUUCGAAUUCUUCCACCCCUGAAGCUCAAAAGGCAUUAGCUUCGCUUUCGCGCGCUCAGAUCAUUUUCGAGCUUUUUUCGUCAACGUGUUGGACUGCGAAUUCUGCGAAGGAAAUUGUCAAAUCGCUUUAUGUGAGUUUACAAAACGUUGUAAAGAAGGUAUCGUCAGCAGCUAUCAAUAACGAACCCACAGGCUGGGAUCUUUUUGCAUCAUUACUAAAAAAACAUCAGCCUACGUCAUCGAAGGCUCAAAACACACUUUCGUCGCUGGGUCCUCAGGAGAAAUUUCAUUGA